AUGGAGGAGCGGGUCCCACCUGCCUCCUACAAUAAACCAGACUUGGGUAAACCUCCUACAUCUCCUCCUCCUCGUCCUCCUCCUCCUUUUCCUGGUCAUGGAAUUCAUGAAACUGAAGACGCCUUACGUUCAGGCACUUACGUCGUUCAAGUCCCUAAAGACCAAAUCUACCGCGUCCCUCCACCAGAGAACGCCGCCUAUCUCGAGCGUCAGAGGAAAAAUCCUACCCCACAAAAGAAGAGAUCUAUGUGCUCUUGCAUUCUCUUCCCCAUCCUCAUCCUCUUCAUCCUCGCCCUUAUCCUCCUCCUCAUUGUAGGUAUCACCUACUUCAUCGUCCAGCCCAAGAAGGUCAACUUCUCCAUCCAAAGCCUCCUCACAGGAAACUCCCACAAGAAUCCAGAGUUUGAUGUCACCUUAAAGGCUGAGAAUCCUAAUGGGCAAAUGGGUGUUAACUGCCUUAAAGGAGGUGAUGCUUCUCUCUCUUUCAAGCAAAAUAAGAUCUCCACCGGCAACCCUCCAGCUUUCUCCACAGAGGCUAAAACUUCCACCAGGGUCAGGCUUGUACUAUCUGGGUUGAAGGGUAAGUUACCUUCUCAGUUACAGAAAAGCAUGCAAGGAAAGGGGAAGAAGAAAGAAAGUAUAGCUUUGUCUCUAUUGGUUAACAUUCCUGUGAAGAUGGAGAUUGGUGUUUUGACUUCAUGGAGUAUGAACAUGGCUGUUACAUGUGAUUUGACUGUGAAUACAUUGGCGAAAGGCACAAGGGUCUUGUCUCAGAAAUGUCAAACAAAGAUCCAAGUCUUCUCAUAA